AUGUCGGGCGCUGGAGCCCCCGGCGGUCCGCCAGGAGGCAACGGGCCCCCCAGCGCUGGACCGCAACAGAGCAACUUCACGCCGUCGCAGCAACCUGUAACACCAGGCACAGCCGUCGCAGCAACAGCAGCACCAGCGGCGGCCGCUCCUGCCGCAGCACAGCCGCCCAUGUCGAACCAAAACCUCAACCAAAUCGUCACCGACUACCUCUUGAAGCGCGGCUUCACGAGAACUGAGAACAUCUUCCGGCAGGAAUCCAGUCAUCUGGGUCCCGAUGGCCGGCCCAUUCAGGCCAAGGUCGACGACCUGGGUCCUCAGAAGUAUAGGAAGGCCUUCAACAUGCUGAGGGACUGGGUGCCCAUGGCUGACAUCUUUCAGUUCGAGCUCGGCAAGCUUCUCUGGCCCGUUUUUGUCUACUCAUGGAUGGAGCUCAUCAACCAGGGCUACCUUGAUGAUGCCAAGAACCUCCUCACUGGCUUGAAGCCCUUUUUCGAGGCCGGACAUGCCGAUGAUCUCAAGACGUUUGACACCAUCUCCAUUCCACACCACCUCAAGGAAAAUGCGACUUGCAAGCUUUACACUGAGAACAAGUUCCGCAUCCCUCUCAAUCAGCAUGUCACCGGCAACCUGUUUCACUUCCUCGAGCGAGAGAAGGAGAACGGCGGCGCUGUCAUCAUAUACAUCUUGCAGACCUUUUGCCAGAUUGACUCGACUGCUCGUGGCCCUAUCGAGCCCUUUAGCUUCGAGGCCAUCUAUCGCCGGACGCAGAACAUGACCCUGGAUGAGAUUGACGACAAUGAAGGCAUACCUGGCAUAUCUCUUGGCCUGACGAACAGGGACAUGCUCGACACGUCUGUGGCGUUGCGUCUGGGACCCAUGCCGAUGGACGAAGAUUUGCGCGACGACGUGCGGGCUGAACUUGCUGAGGCGGAUCAACGCAACCCUCCCACCGAAGGCAAGGCAUCGCUCGCGGAUGAGUUUGAGCAGAAGAUCAAGCGUGAAGAGAGCGCCGAUGCUCCGUCAAGGUCUGACCUUCCCCUGCCGCCCUCUCGCGCGAGAGACGUCGUCAUGGAGAUGCAGAAGGUUCGGGAGAACCGCGAUCGCUUCAAGAUUGAGGGCCGCACAGGCGGCGUUGGUGUUCCCAUCAGCGCUUGCAUCGUCUCAUGCUUAGACUUUUCCAAGGACCAUGAGUUGGUCGCCGCGGGUACUACGGACUCCUACAUCCGCGUGUGGACUCUGGACGGAAAGGCUCUUAAGUCCAAGGCUGCCCACGAUCUCGAUUUCAAGGCCAAUAAUCGCAAACUCAUCGGCCACUCCGGUCCCGUUUAUGACGUUGCCUUUUCCGAUGCCAUCGCAAGUGGAAACCACACUCCUUUCGCUCACGAAGGCAAGGGCAAUAGUGCCAUUGACACGGGAGCCAAGCUUCUGCUUUCAGCCUCUGCGGAUGGCCAUGUCCGCUUGUGGUCUCUAGAUUUGUGGCAGUGUCUGUGCAUCUACAAGGGCCAUGAUGGUCCCGUCAUGAGAGUUUCGUGGAGCCCGCACGGUCACUACUUCGUCAGCGGCGGCUGGGACAAGACGGCUCGUCUCUGGAUGCAGGACCACGCCUCGGCUAUGCGCCUUCUCGUCGGCCACAACACCAGCAUCUCUGCUCUGACUUGGCACCCCAACGGCACUUACCUCUUCACAGCAUCCGACGAGACUGACAAAUCUAUUCGCAUGUGGUCUGUCGUCACGGGCGGCUGUGUCCGUGUCUUCACUGGCCACAACGAAUACAUCUCCUCACUGACAUGCGCGCCCAAUGGCAAGAUCCUCGCCAGUGGUGAUACAGGUGGCAACAUCAUGUUCUGGGACAUAGAAAAGGGCACGCGGAUCAAAAGGUCGAGAGGCCACGCAAAGGGCGGUAUCUGGUCGAUGGAUUUCAGCGUCGAGUCCAACGUUCUCGUUUCCGGAGGCCAAGACGGCACUGUUCGUCUCUGGGAUGUCGAGCUUCCCGCCGAUGGCCACAAAGCUAUCCCACAGCAGGGCGCUGCGCCUACUCAGGAGGGCGGCGAGGGCGCACCUGCGACGGGCGGGGCCGUGGAGCGCGGUACUACUGGUAGCCAAGGGUCAUCAGGGACCGGUUCCGGCGGCAUCGGCGGAGGCAAGAAGAAGGGUAAGGAGGUGAUGAUCACGCCCGACCAGAUCAGUGCCUUCCCGACGAAGAAGACGCCCGUCAUGGCGGUGCAGUUCACCAGGAUGAACCUCGUCGUAGCUGGCGGGUGUUAUGAUCCUGAGCGGUGA